CACGAAUAGGCUUUUGGGUGUUGUGGUCCGUCCUACUUAUAAAAGGCCGGGCCAAUGCUCUCGAUCUUUCUUUUCCGUCUUGUGAGGCUUGCCGUGGGCAAUUGAGUCGUCAUGCCCGUUGCUAGAACCUGGGUGUGUAGUAAGACGUACGUCACUCCGAGGCGACCAUUUGAGAAGUCGCGACUCGACCAGGAGCUUAAACUUAUUGGAGAAUAUGGGCUCCGCAACAAGCGUGAGGUGUGGAGGGUGAAGUUCACUCUGGCAAAGAUCCGCAAGGCUGCCCGAGAGCUCCUUACGCUUGACGAGAAAGACCCGAAGCGGCUUUUCGAGGGCAAUGCUUUGUUGCGGCGUCUGGUGCGCAUUGGAGUGCUUGAUGAAGGCAAAAUGAAGCUCGAUUAUAUCUUGGGAUUGAAGGUAGAAGACUUCUUAGAAAGACGUUUGCAGACCCAGGUCUUCAAGUUAGGCUUGGCAAAGUCUAUUCAUCAUGCCCGAGUGUUAAUCAGGCAGAGACACAUCCGUGUCCGCAAGCAGGUUGUCAAUAUUCCAUCUUUCGUUGUCCGGCUGGACAGCCAGAAGCAUAUAGACUUCUCCUUACGAUCACCAUAUGGUGGUGGCAGGCCUGGACGUGUGAAGAGAAAGAAUGCCAAAAAGGGACAAGGUGGAGCUGGAGGAGCGGAUGAUGAAGAGGAAGAUUAAACAAAAAUGUGAAUUCCGUCACCUGUUGUAUGAAUGAUGGAAUGUUAAAUGUAAAAUAAACAUUUUUUG